AUGUCCAAUCUAAAGGACCUGUACAGCCAAUCUGGCGAUGAGAGCCAGACAAGCAACUUUGGCGUCGACUUUGUCAUUCACUACAAGGUCCCCCCCUCAGAACGCGCAGAAGCUGAAGCCGGCUUUGUCCAGCUCAUCCAGGCCCUCACCACCGUUGGUCUAGCCACCGAAGUUCGUCACGGCGACAACGACUCCCUCCUCGUCUUUGUCAAAGUCGCUUCCCCCGAUCUCUUCGCGAAGCAAGUCUACCGCGCCCGCCUUGCCGACUGGCUGCACGGCGUUCGAGUCUCGGCCCCACAUAACGACGUUAAACAAGCCCUUCAGGAUGAGCCCGUAGUUGAAGCCGAGCGCCUGCGCUUGAUCUACCUCAUGAUAACGAAGCCGCGUAACGAAGGUGGUGCUGGAAUUACUCCGUCCAAUGCCAAGUGGAAAUACGUUGAGUCCAUAUUUCCUCUGCACAGUCACAAAUUCAACAAGGAUUGGAUCAAGAAAUGGAGCAGCAAGUAUAUCCUGGAGCAGAGCGACAUCGACGAUAUUCGAGACAAGUUUGGUGAAAGCGUUGCCUUCUACUUCGCCUUCCUGCGAUCCUACUUCCGCUUCCUCGUCAUCCCCUUUGGUUUCGGCUUUGUCGCAUGGCUUCUGCUCGGACAAUUCUCUUUUCUCUAUGCCCUGCUCUGCGGUCUCUGGUCUGUCGUUUUUCUCGAGUACUGGAAGAAACAAGAAGUCGACCUUGCCGUGCAAUGGGGUGUCCGGGGUGUUUCCAGUAUCCAGCAGGCGAGACCUGAGUUUGAGUGGGAUCGCGAAGCUGAGGACCCUGUCACUGGCGAAGUUGUUAAGGUAUAUGAGCCCAUGAAGCGCAUCAAGACUCAAUUGCUUCAAAUCCCCUUUGCUCUGGCCUGUGUUAUUGCUUUGGGUGCUUUGAUUGUGACCUGCAACUCCCUUGAGGUCUUCAUCAAUGAAGUCUACAAUGGUCCUGGCAAGCAAUAUCUGGGCUUCUUGCCAACUAUUCUUCUGGUUCUGGGUACUCCUACUAUCUCCAGCCUGCUCAUGAGCGCUGCUGAGAAAUUAAACUCAAUGGAGAAUUAUGCUACUGUUGAUGCACACGAUGCUGCUCUCAUUCAGAAGCAAUUUGUCCUCAACUUCAUGACCUCUUACAUGGCUCUUUUCUUCACAGCAUUCGUCUACAUUCCCUUCGGCCAUGUCCUGGUACCUUUCCUCGAAUUCUGGAGAAAGACUGCCCAGGUUGUCACCUUCAGUGAGAAGCCGCUUCCGACAAGGGAGUUUCAGAUCAACCCUGCUCGAAUCAGCAACCAGAUGUUCUAUUUCACAGUUACGGCUCAGAUCGUAAACUUUGCUACCGAGGUUGUGGUACCCUACCUCAAGCGAGAGGCACUCCAGAAAGCCAAGGCCCUCAAGUCCCAGCCAAAGAUUCAGGACGACCACGAGGAGGAAGCCGAAUUCCUUGAGCGUGUACGCAAGGAGAGUGCUCUCGAGACGUAUGAUGUCUCGGGAGACUACCGUGAAAUGGUCAUGCAGUUUGGUUAUGUCUCCAUGUUCUCGGUCGCUUGGCCACUUGCAGCUUGCUGUUUCCUCGUCAACAACUGGGUUGAGUUGAGAUCCGAUGCCCUCAAGAUUGCCACGAGCAGCCGACGACCAAUCCCAUGGCGAACCGACUCAAUCGGGCCCUGGUUGACCGCACUGAGCUUUAUUUCUUGGCUCGGUAGUAUCACUAGCUCUGCUAUUGUGUACUUGUGCAGCGGCGCCCGAGGUAACGGAAACCAUGGUGAACCAUCGCCUCUCAAGGCUUGGGGUCUGCUGCUUAGCAUUCUUUUGGCUGAGCAUUUCUACCUGGUUGUCCAACUGGCGGUCCGCUUUGUUCUCAGCAAGUUGGACAGCCCAGGCGUGCAGAAGGAGCGCAAGGAGCGUUUCUUGAUGAAGAGGAAGCUUCUCGAAGAGAACAUUGGUCAAGGUGCAUCAGAAGAGUCUUCGGUUCCAGGCAUUGAUCACAGUGAGAAGAUUACUCGCGAAGCUUUGGAGGAGGAGGCCCGACAGACUUCCAUCCGAGGUCACGGAACACCCGAGGAGACGUUCUGGCAACGCCAGAGAGGUAUGAAUGAGACCAUUGAUGUCGGACGCAGAAUGAUUGAGCAGCAGAAAGCUGCCGCGGAGAAGAACGGAAAGGCCAAAUCUGCUGUGCCAAGUAUGAAGGCCGCCUGA